GGUUGCCAUGGGGACCUGGAUGCUGACGAAGGCUCGCGAGGCUGUGAGCAGCCACAGUGCCCUGCUCAGAAGCCCCAGGCUCGUCAGUCAAGCCGGUUCUCCGUUUGCACUCAGCAACACGGGCAGGCGAGUGGCCCCUAGUUCCGGAAGCAGAGCAGCAGCGCCCCAGUCCUGGUGCCCCAGCCCCGAGCCUUGCCUGCCUGUCCAGUGCCAGGAUGGCCACCAUCACCUGCACCCGCUUCACAGAAGAGUAUCAGCUCUUCGAGGAACUGGGAAAGGGAGCCUUCUCUGUCGUGCGCAGGUGUGUGAAGGUGCUGGCUGGCCAGGAGUAUGCUGCUAAGAUCAUCAACACCAAGAAGCUCUCAGCCAGAGACCAUCAGAAGCUGGAGCGUGAAGCCCGCAUCUGCCGCUUGCUGAAGCACCCCAAUAUCGUCCGGCUCCACGACAGCAUCUCUGAGGAGGGACACCAUUACCUGAUCUUUGACCUGGUCACUGGCGGGGAGCUGUUUGAAGACAUCGUGGCCCGGGAGUAUUACAGUGAGGCUGAUGCCAGUCACUGUAUCCAGCAGAUCCUGGAGGCCGUGCUGCACUGCCACCAGAUGGGGGUGGUGCACCGGGACCUGAAGCCGGAGAACCUGUUGCUGGCCUCCAAGCUCAAGGGCGCUGCCGUGAAGCUGGCUGACUUUGGCCUGGCCAUAGAGGUGGAGGGGGAGCAGCAGGCAUGGUUUGGGUUUGCAGGGACACCUGGAUACCUCUCCCCAGAAGUGCUGCGGAAGGACCCAUACGGGAAGCCUGUGGACCUAUGGGCCUGCGGGGUCAUCCUGUACAUCCUGCUGGUUGGAUACCCCCCAUUCUGGGAUGAGGACCAGCACCGCCUGUACCAGCAGAUCAAAGCCGGUGCCUAUGAUUUCCCAUCACCAGAAUGGGACACCGUCACCCCAGAAGCCAAGGAUCUGAUCAAUAAGAUGCUGACCAUCAACCCAUCCAAACGCAUCACAGCUGCCGAGGCCCUCAAGCACCCCUGGAUCUCGCACCGGUCCACUGUGGCCUCCUGCAUGCACAGACAGGAGACCGUGGACUGCCUGAAGAAGUUCAAUGCCAGGAGGAAACUGAAGGGAGCCAUUCUGACCACAAUGCUGGCCACCAGGAACUUCUCUGGAGGGAAGAGUGGAGGGAACAAGAAGAACGAUGGUGUGAAGAAAAGAAAGUCCAGUUCCAGCGUUCAGUUAAUGGAAUCUUCAGAGAGCACCAACACCACCAUUGAAGAUGAAGACACCAAAGUGCGGAAACAGGAAAUUAUAAAAGUGACAGAGCAGCUGAUUGAAGCCAUAAGCAAUGGAGAUUUUGAGUCCUACACGAAGAUGUGCGACCCCGGGAUGACAGCCUUCGAACCCGAGGCCCUGGGGAACCUGGUCGAGGGCCUGGACUUCCAUCGAUUCUAUUUUGAAAACCUGUGGUCCCGGAACAGCAAGCCCGUGCACACCACCAUCCUGAACCCCCACAUCCACCUGAUGGGGGACGAGUCCGCCUGCAUCGCCUACAUCCGCAUCACGCAGUACCUGGACGCGGGCGGCAUUCCCCGCACCGCCCAGUCAGAGGAGACCCGCGUCUGGCACCGCAGGGAUGGCAAAUGGCAGAUUGUCCACUUCCACAGAUCCGGGGCGCCCUCCGUCCUGCCCCAUUGAAGGACCAGGCUGGGGUUGCCGCGUUGCUGUGUCGCAGGGGUCCACUCCUUGUUCGUGGAAUGUGCUGCUGGUUCUCCCACUUGGAUCUUGCUGGAAUUCUCCCCAUCACGUUGUCCUACCACCACCACUGUCAACUCUGUACCUGCGUCAAGAAAACCUGCUGUUCACAAAGCCAUCACGACUGCAGAGCAAAUGCCCAGGUCUCCCAGCCCCAGUUCUCAGUCUCCGCUCUCCUUCUGCCAGGGUGGGGCUUCCUCAGGCCCCGGUGCCCAGGGUGCUGGCCCCAGGGACCCCCAACCUCUACCUGGCUGUUGUUGGCCUAGUCUGGCCUUGGCUAUAGGCAGAAAUGCCCCAGCCGUGUGUUCAGGGAAAAGGAGGGGCAUGUGCUGAGGAUCUCUCCUCCUCUGGGGUCCCUGGGGAAGGGCAGAUGAACACCCCAAGUCUCCAGAGCCAAACUCCCCUGUGGGAGAGGGUAAGAGAGGAGCAGAUACUAGGAGCCCCCUGCUUCAAACUGCUUCCUGACCCCCUGCUGGCCUGUGCUGCCCUUGCGGUUGGUCAGCAGACCUGGCCCCCCAUGUGGACAGUCCCACCCCUCAGGUGUCCCCACUUGCUGCCUUCCAACGCUAACCCACCACCCGCCCUCCCAUCGCCCCUGGAGAAUUCCGGCUUGGUCCUGUCUGAGAGGGGAUCUGGUUGUGUUUCAGGGUCAAAAGAAAGCAACGUUUAGGUAUCACUUCUACUUGGACCGCAUGCCUUUUUAUAGCCAAACUUCUGUGUAUUUCGUAAAUGGAUUUUGCGUUAAUGGAUAUAUAUGUAAUAACUA